AUGGCUUUCUUCCUGCAAUACAGGGCGAUCAAGUGCCAUGUCAAGGAAGAACUCCAACGCGUUACUGAAUUCUCGGAUCCGUUUUCCGCUGCCACUGCACACAUGCCCAUGACAUCUGAUGAAGCGCAAGAAUUGGGGGGUUUGCAGUCAGCGGGUAAGAGUGAGCCGUUCACACGGAUCCUGGGCAUCACGUUGAUGGAAGAUGGUAAUAACGAGUCCUGUUACCAGGUGGACUGGGUUGGGCCGGAUGAUCCUCAUAACCCAAAGCAAUGGUCUACACUUCAUCGUGUUGGCGCUACCUUACUCGUCUGUACCGUUGCUUUCGUCGCAACUGCCGCAUCUGCCAUCGAUUCUGCUGUGAUUACUAGAGCAUCUGCGGACUUUGGUGUUUCGGAGGUUGCGGAAUUACUGGCCACUGCCCUCUUUCUUGUUGGGUUUGGUCUCGGAGCGCUACUUCCGAGCCCACUGUCAGAGCUUGUCGGGAGAUAUCCGGUAUACCUUGGAUCUCUUCUUGUCUUCGCUUGCUGGAUAUUGGGUGCUGCUCUGGCCCCGAACUUUGGUGCACAAAUCGUUUUCCGAUUCCUGGCUGGGUUUUUGGCAAGUACUUCUCUCACUGUGGCAGGAGGCUCGGUGGGCGAUCUGUGGAAUCCAAUCGAGAAGACGUUCGCCUUCCCUUUGUUUGCGAUACCCGCAUUUGGCGGACCUGUUUUUGGCCCCGUCAUAGGCGCUUAUAUCGGCUAUGAACAAGACAUCAACUGGAGAUGGACAGAAUGGAUAACAUUGAUCAUGAUCGGCGCAGUCUUCGUACUCAUCCUACUCUUUAAAAGAGAGUCGUUUGCUCCUCGACUCCUCCAUUACAAAGCAAGCCACUUCCGCAAACUUACCGGUAACAACAAGUUCAAGACUACCGCUGAAGCAAGCCACAGCUCUUUGGGGAAUCUCUUUUCGAGGUGCUUUUCGAGGCCUUUCUUCCUCUAUACACAGCCUGUUGUCAUGGCGUUCACGCUGUAUCUGGUCAUCGUGUACAUCAUUCUGUUCACUUUUUUAGAUGGCAAUAUCUGCGUCUUCAUGUCCGCAUACAUGUACAUCAUCGACAGCUACGAGGCCUACGCAGCGUCGGUGUUGACACUUGUCGCGCUUGUCAGGUACCUUGCAGCUGGCGGGAUGACGGUUGUUAGCAUCCCAAUGUACGGGAACUUGGGAACACACUGGACUUUGACCGUGCUCGGCUGCAUCAGUGCCCUUGCGCUACCUAUACCAUACGUGCUAUAUCGAUUUGGACCAAGCCUGAGGAAGCGCACGUAUCGCGACUUUGUUGCUGUUGAUGCUGCCUACUGA